CCGAGAAUUGACAGGAGUACAGAACUUUGAGGCAGAAACCAUUUGCAAUGCUGAACCGUUAAAGGGAAACAAACUUAUAAAUUCCAUUGGGAAUCUUCUAUUUCACGCGAAUUGAUUUAGAAAACACUUUUAGUUCAGUGUUCUGUGUCCUUGAAAAGUCGACUCCAAUUUGAAGCGGAGCCUAUCGUGCGAGUGUGUUUAUGGCAUUCUCUUCCAACGACUCAGUGCCAGUGCUGAUAAGAGUGUCUGCAGUGAAACAACGAAAACAGAAGCAGAGCGAUGUCGCUGAACGUUCCGUUCGUGAAGUUAAAUAAUGGGCAGCAGUUCCCCAUCUUCGGCCUUGGCACAUGGAAAUCUAAGCCCGGCGAAGUGACGCAGGCUGUGAAGGACGCGAUCGACGCCGGGUACCGGCACAUCGACUGCGCGCACGUGUACGGCAACGAGGCGGAAGUGGGAGCCGGCAUUAAGGCCAAAAUUGACGAAGGCGUGGUGAAACGCGAACAUCUCUACAUUACAAGCAAGUUAUGGAAUACUUUUCAUCGUCCCGAUCUUGUAGAACCAGCGAUCAGGACGUCUUUGAGAGAUCUCGGAUUGGUACAACUGGAUUUAUAUUUAAUACACUUCCCGCAUGGCUUUCAGGAAGGUGAAAGUCUGUUCCCAGAAAAAGAUGGGAAAACUCUUUACAGUGAUGUGGACUAUGUUGACACCUGGAAGGCCAUGGAACAAUUAGUGAAGAAGGGGCUCACCAAGUCCAUAGGCGUCUCCAACUUCAACCACAAACAAAUCAACCGUGUUCUAGAAGUUGCAGAGAUCAAACCUGUCACGAACCAGGUCGAGGUGCAUCCUUAUUUAAACCAAGAAAAGCUUAUCAAUUUCUGCAAAAGCAAAGACAUUGUGGUGACGGCAUACAGUCCACUAGCUUCACCUGAUCGCCCUUGGGCAAAACCCGACGAUCCCCAGUUGCUGGAGGAUCCUAAGUUAAAAAAUCUUGCAGUAAAAUACGGUAAAACGCCUGCACAGAUUCUUUUGCGAUAUGGGGUUCAGAGAAAUCUGAUAACAAUUCCCAAAUCAGUAACAAAGUCACGCAUUGUACAGAACAUUGACAUUUUUGAUUUUGAUAUUUCUGAAGAAGAUAUGAAAUUAAUCUCUUCUUUCGACUGUAACGGCCGAGUAGUUCAUGUCAAUUGGUUUGCUGAUCAUAAGUACUACCCAUUCCAUCUUGAUUUCUGAAGAAAUUCUUCAACCCUUUAGAAAAUAUUUUUUUUAAAUAUUAUAUUUCUUGGAUAAAGCAAUAGUCGAAGUUAUUUAAGGAAUUACCACGAAUAAUUGAAAAUAAAGUUUAAAUAUUUGCCAAAUUAUGAUUUAUUAUUAAUGUUACCUAUUGUUUCUUUGAAGGA